UCUGCCGCGUUAGGUCAUAUUACAAACGUGUGUCUGUCGAUUUUUGAGCAUACCAAGGCGAAUAUUAAACAAAUAUAAUAAUCAAAAUGUGCAAAGUGCUGUGUCAGUGAAUUUAAGCAAAUAAAAACCAAACAGUGUGCGUGUAAAAUGCUUCAGAAAGUGUAACUUAUCGGAAAUGCAAUUGUAAGGCAAGCACAUUUUUUGAACGAGUCGUCAAGGGAAUCGCAAAAAUAGUUUACGGCAGCCAUUAGUCGGUUAGCAGAGACAAAGAUUUUCCCGUUGCGUGUGUGCUGGUUUGAUACAUCGUGCGCUCCCCCGCCGCCCGUUGCGCCGAUCAUCGUAUCUGUAAGUGCAUGUGGAAAGCAGUGCGCGUAUAAAUCCUGCACGAUUAUAUUUCUCUUGCCUUGUUUAUCGUACCUUCCUCAUUACAUUGUAAUAAUUGCAUGCCAUUAGCUGUAAUGGUGUUUGUAUGUUGCUGGCGAUAACACGCGUAUCAUUUUUCCUUACCGAUUCGUGGGCAAUUUAGCGCUCAAGUUAAAGUAAAAUCAAAAUUCGCCCAAAUCAAGCAUUAAUUUAUUUUGUGUAAGGUGGACAUUAAACGUAUAAAUAAUAUUUUAAUAAUAUUUACAUUUCGCUAUAAACCAACUGCGAAUGCAACCCUGCGUCGUGCAUUGAGAAACGUCAAUAAGCAGGCGUCGACUCUCCGAUUAUCUGCUGUUUCGCUUUUGUGUUGUUUUUUUGUCAUUUUUGUUUGUAUCUCGUCGCACUCCUCAACACGCUUUUCAUAAAGUUAUCCAACAAGUCACCAACAGUCCAUCCAAUCAGUCAUCCAUCCAAUUUGAAAUACUUUUAUGACCGUUUCUUCGUGUGUGCCCGCAGCUCGUCAACCCACACACAGCUACAGCUGUUCGACGUUUUUGUGUGUGUUUGUUUUGUGUUUGCUGUUUGGAAGCAUUAACUCGGCGAUAUAUUGGCACACGCGUUUACUCGUAUCUUAGCGCUUAUGCAAAAAUUGCAAAAAUAUUAGAAAUAAAAAAAUACAUAAUGAAAAUACAGAUUGCUUUGUGAAAAUGGUGCGAAGAAAUUGCUAAAUUAUAUUAAUAGCAGUGUCACACUAAAGUGAAACGAUUUGAAAAGUUGCAACCGCCUCCUCUCCCCAUACAAAAUUGUGCUCCCUUUGUAGCGUUAUUUCGGUAUUAUUAAAAAAUAUGUGAAUAAGUGAAAAUAAAGGAACCGGAAAGUAGUAAAAUAAAUAUUUGUAAGAUAAGAAAUUCACUCGCUGUCCGCACUAUCUCACUUUCUUUUUCUAAUGUCUUUUCGUUGUUAAUUUCUAUGCAUUCGGUUCGCUGGGAACGUGUUGGUUUGGUGGAGGCGGCCUACAUUCGUGUUGAUAUCAAAUAUAUUGUCUAGAUAUACAUAAGUACAUAUGGACGUGCUAUCAGAGUGAAUUGAAAUUCAAAUGUCGCCAAUAUUAAAAAAAAUUUCAAAAAAUUUGGAAAAUAAUUUGGCAUGCGCUUAAACACACCUACAAACAUAAGCUGAUACGAAAACAAUAAAAAUUAUGCAUAUAUUAUAGGUGUUUGUAAAUAAAAAGGCAAACCAUUGUGGCCUAUAGAUCGAUAUAAUCCCGCUCCGCUGUCCAAAAAAAAAAAAACUACGUGCGUUUCCUUUGCGGUCCCGUCCUCAACGUUUUAAAACUUAUUACCUAUAAAAGCAGUAAAACACCAGUUAAAAGAAAAAAAAAAAAAAAUAAAACUGUGUGUCAAACCUAAUUGAUCUUCAAAAUCUAAUAAUUAAAAAUAUUAAGUGCAUAGUUCAAAAGUUUUAAGCUAAGCAAUUUAUGGCAUAUAAUGAAAAGUUAAUUUCUGUCUAUAUUGUAAGCAGAAAAUAAUCGUUAAGUUUCGAAAAAUAGUAGUGUAGUGUAAAAAAUAAAUAUUUGAAGUGAUUUAAAGUGCUAAUUUUAUAAUCAAUUUGUCAUUCCGUCAGUGGUUAUCAAUUAAGCCGUUAGUGCACGUGAUCCAAUGAUGCACUACUCAAUGGAGCGGAGUCUAUCAGCUGGUGGGGCUGAUUCCUCCAUGCACAACAACACCACCAACAAUACCACGUCAACAACAACACUCGCGAUGUCAGCUACGAAGAACACAAAAGACGGCGUGACAAUGCGCGAGAAGAAGGGCGGCGCAUUGCAGAAGCUCAAAAAGAGGCUAUCGCACAGUUUUGGCAGAUUAACGAUAUCACGCGAGGAUGGCGAAGAUUCACAUCAUCAUCAUCAUCACCACCACCAUCAUCAUCACCAUCGUGGGGGGCAUGGACAUAAUCACGGUAAUAAAGUUCCAUACAAUGGUUAUAAUUCCGAAGAAUAUCUGGAUCGUCUGGAACCAAAUGGAAAUAUACCAGCCGACAAGUCUAACUGCAGAUAUGGAGCCCAAGAAACGGCAAUACAAGACAAAACACAAGAUAAAGACUGGCGUAGCACUGACAGCACCGACCACCACGAUCGCGUCCAACGGCAAUUGUCCGUAUCAUCCGAUAGCAAAUUGCUGGACGAUGACAUUCGAGAGGAGACGCGCGUUAUUAUGCGCCCGAAAAAGCCGCCCAGACCAAAAUCGGAGGUUUUCCUCAACAAACAAGACCCGCACCCACGACGGAAACGGUUUAGUGCAUUUGGCGGCGACUCGCCAUUUGGAAAAUCGGAUGCCUACAUAAAACUGGAACCGCUCGGUGAGGGCUCAUAUGCCACAGUAUACAAGGGCUUCAGCAAUUUAACUCAUCAACGUGUUGCAUUAAAAGAAAUUAGACUGCAAGAGGAGGAAGGUGCCCCAUUCACCGCGAUACGUGAAGCCUCGCUGCUGAAAGAACUGAAACACUCAAACAUUGUGACGUUGCAUGACAUUGUGCACACACGGGAAACGCUGACGUUCGUUUUUGAAUAUGUGAAUACUGACUUAUCACAGUAUAUGGAAAAGCAUCCUGGCGGUCUGGAUCAUCGUAAUGUUCGCUUGUUUCUGUUUCAAUUGCUGCGUGGUCUCUCCUACUGCCAUAAGCGGCGCGUACUGCAUCGUGAUGUUAAGCCGCAAAAUUUAUUGAUAAGCGAUUGUGGUGAAUUGAAAUUGGCGGAUUUCGGUUUGGCGCGCGCUAAAAGUGUUCCCAGUCAUACGUAUUCGCAUGAAGUCGUUACGUUAUGGUACCGUCCACCAGAUGUUCUGCUCGGUAGCACUGAAUACUCGACAUCGCUGGACAUGUGGGGUGUCGGUUGUAUAUUCGUGGAAAUGGUCACUGGCAUGCCAACAUUCCCCGGCAUACGUGAUACAUAUGAUCAACUGGAUAAAAUAUUUAAAUUGCUCGGCACACCCACCGAGGAGACGUGGCCGGGUGUGACACAUUUUCCUGGUUAUAAACCGCAUAAGUUAGGUUUUUAUCGACCCCGUAAACUAGGUCACAACUUUCCUAGACUAUAUGAUAUCGUUGAUGGUGAGACGAUAGCGAAUGCCUUCCUGCAAUUAAAUCCAGAACAAAGAAUAGGAGCUGAAGAAGCGCUGCAACAUCCCUACUUUGCGCCGUUGCCGAGAAAACUUUACGAGUUGCCCGAUGAGACAUCAAUAUUUACCGUUGAGGGAGUGCACUUGUUUCCUGAACCGAACCGACAAAACAAAUGAAAAUUAAAGCAGGUCCUUUCGGUGGAUGGUGUACGUUUCUAUUGUUAGCAGCAACAGCCAUAAAUAUUGUAAUUCUACUUUUUUACUGCAAACUUAAUUUUUUGUGCAACACUAUUUUCAACAAUAACACACAUUUCUUUAUUAUUAAUUUUAGUUCUAAUGCAAAAACAAAAAAGUUACAACAACUACACAUGAUUAAUUAAGACAAACAAAAAAUAGUUAAAUAGCUGAGUAAAUUGUGUGAGAACACACGAAACCACAACGUACUAAGUAAAAGAACUAAAGUGACUAUGUAAAACAUGAAACCAACAACAACAACAACAACAAGAUAAAUAUAACACACACACACUCAAACACAACUAUGUAGCAAUGUAUAUACUUACUUACUUACAUAAAAUAUGAAAAUAAAAUUUAGAAAAAAAGAACACGGAAAGAAAAACUUGAAAAUAUCACUUAGCAACUUAAACGAUUCAAUUAUAGUAAUAAAAGUGAAAAAUAAACAACAAAUAACUGAAAACUUAGAAGCAUAGCACUAAAUAUAUUUUUAACAUUUUAAUAGAAUUUGACAGUAAAUAUCAAAAACACGGCAAAAAUAGUUAAAAUUCUUAGGUCCAAACAUACAAAAAAAAAAAAAAAAUUAUUGAAAAAAUAAGUGAAGCGAAAAGCCACAACAAAAACAAGUACUAACGAACAAAUGUGAAAUUUAAGCGAAAAAAUGUUUUAAAAGUAUUAAGCAGAAACCGUAAAGCAGUGUCAAAUUUUGGAAUACAAACAAAAGUAAAAUAAAAUAGAAAUUGUAGUAGAAUUUGUCAGAAUUACAAAAACCACAAAAAUCAAUAGUUCUAAGCUAAACAGUAGGCAAACAGACACACUAAACUAAAUUCAACUCAAAACCACAAAAACUAAUUAACAUGAUUUACAUUUACAUAUAUAUAAAAAGAGCGAAAAACUAUAAAAUUACAUAAUAUUAUUUUCUUAGACUACGAAAUAUACACAUGUACAUUUUUCUUGAAUCGAACACGUGCCUCUAGGUCCUCAGGUCCUCGGUAAGCACCUUCCCCUGCACGUAACGUUUGCUUGCUUUGGCUGCAGCAAAGCCACACUGCAACCAUAUGCAGCACAUAUUUACACACAAUAUUAUUGAUGUAGAAGGGGAGCGAGUUUAGGCAAGGGUCUUGGUGUUGCCACCAAGUACCGUUAAGAGUCGAUAAACCAAAUUCAACACCAACUUUUGACAUUUGUUAAAGCGUAAACGCAUAAAGUGAAAAUCGAAACAAAAUUUAUACAUAUUGUUGUAGUAGUUAUUAGCUGGCAAUUCGUAGUUGAAACAUUAAAUAGCAAAAAACACAUUCGAAAUCUUUUUAAAACCAACAUAUGACACUAAAACUAGAUAUUUUGCGGGCUUACAUGCAAGCGACUAGUAGCAGGUGCGUACGCUUGGCAACUAGUUGCGGAGGGAAAUUUGGCUAUUCAAUAAGAAUAAGAUAAUGGCAACGGUAAAUUGAAAAACCUCAGCGUUUUAAGUAAUACUUAGUGCUGAAAAAUUUCAAGUUUUCAAAUUUCCAAAUCUAAAACUGCAAACUCUAGCGAAGCCUUAGCAAAUUAAAAAAAAAAAAAUUAAAUAACAAUUUGCCUUUUGACUUCAAUAGCGGUGCAUGUAAGCCCCCCAGUAGAGUCAUCGAUUUGUAAAUAUGCAUAUCUAACUUAAACAACCAGCAAUCGAGUAGAUGAAUUUCAAAAAAAAAAACUCCAAAUUUCUAGAAAACACGAACACAAACAACGUUACGAAAUUCUUGUUUAAUUUUCUCGAUAUAGAGCAAUUGCUUCGAACGCAUUUUUAGCAGCUUAAGGCGAAAUACUCACAAUCUUUUUAAUCGAAAAUUGCUUUAAUUGAAAUCAUUCAGCAUUUCGCAAACCAACUUGCCCAAUUAACACUUUCUAAAAUUAGGCGUUUAAAUUAUCAUGCAAAAACUGCAGUUUUCAAUGGUUUUGAUUUUAAUUUUGGUUUUCAGGUUUUGUCUUCCUACUUAAAAAGUUUUGUUUUAUUUAAUAUAAAAUAUUAUAAAAAUAAAUUAAUUGAUAUUUGAAUAUAAAUAACUACAUUACAGUUAUGUAUGUAUGUAUAUGAAUAAUUAUGUUUGCCAAUUAACUAUAAUUUAGUUUUUAAUUUGAUCAUACUGUAAAUAAAUAUAUAUAAUAUGACCUUUGUUCUUUUAAUUGUAUUUGGUUUAUUUUUAUCACGCAUGAAAAAUUCAAUGAAAAUGCCAUUGUGGGCAAAAAAUAGUAAGACUUUUUAAUUUUAAUUAAAUUCGCGCGAAUACCCAUUCAUCGAAAUAUAUUUUUUUGGGUUGGUAUGGCUGUAAGUGACAUCUGUGUUAAAUGUCAUGUCAAAAUAAUCAUUAGGGUUUAGUAUACGCUUGUCCUUCUGAAGUACAUAAAGCGCAUUCUGCGAUUUUCGAUUUUUUCAACAAAGAAUUUUCAUUUAAUUUUGUGUGCGGAAUCAUGUAUCUGGUGCGAAAACAUUUAGAAUGUUGGAAAAGGUCUUCAGUGAUAAUUACCUGUCACCAGCAAGUCUUUUUGAUUGGUACAAAUUAUUCAAAGAAGGGUCGAGAACGGCGACGAACCACGGCCAGAACGGCAACUGAAGAUCAACACAUCAAUAAAAUAAAGGAAUUAGUGCUUGAGAAACGACAAUUAACAGUCAGAGAACUUACUGGCAUCGUUUUGUAUCUAAAGGAUCAGUGAAAACCAUUUUGAAAUAUCAAUUGGGCUGAAGAAAAGUGAAACGACGAUUAGUUCCAAAAUCACUAAAUUUUUCGAAAAACAGCGUCGCAUUAACCUCUGUGAAACAAUGCUUUCCGACCAUCAGAAUGUCUUGAAAUGAAUUAUUACUAGCGAUGAGUCUUGGAUCUAUGCUUACUACCUGGAAACAGACGAUCAAUCGGCCAAAUAUCAUGGCCAAAGCCGAAAAAAUCAUCUCAAAGCUCGUCGAAAAUCAAAGUUAUGUUGACAUUUUUCUUCGAUUAUCGAGGUGUGGUGCACUCCGAAUUCCUUUCGACCGGCCAAACUGUCAACAAGGAAGUCUAAUGUAGUGGUAUUCGUCGUUAGCACAAAGCUAUUUGAAAAAGAGGCCAGAAUCAUGGGCCGACACCCUUAGUUUUUGCACAACCAUAAUGCACCGUCGCAUACUGAAUUGAUUAUUUCAUAAUUAAGUUUUCAGCCAAUAUCGUGCCGCAACCAUAUCCGCUUGAUUUAGCUCCGUGUGACUUCUGGCUAUUUAGCAAACUCAAACGAGCGCUUCGGGGAAAUCGUUUUGAGUCAAUUGAAGACAUUAAACGUGAAUCGCCACGCGCAUUGAAAGCUAUGCCGGAAAUUCAUUUUAACAACUCUUUCGAGGAAAUUUAAAAACAUUGGCACAAGUGUACUGGGAUUUCUUUGAGGGGACGACAUUGAUUUUGAAGAACAAAUCCAGAAAAUUAAAGUUGUGAACAAAGUCUUACUAUUUUUUGCUCAUAGUAGUAAAUCUAGUAUACCAAUAAUUACUUAAACAUUUUCGACGAAUUCUCCAGUGAAUUACUCUAUGGCAGACUGUCUACACAAGCAAAUGAAAAUACAGUGCGUUCAAAAGUAACGUUUUCUUUUUCCAAAGUGUAGAUAGUUUUUUUUGGGGAAAAUGAAUAGGAAAAUAGAAAUGCAUUCUUUUAAAAUAGGAUAAUAAACGGUUAUUCAAUACUUGCUCCAAUCUCCCGCCAUAACCUGACAUCUUUGAUGGUAACUUCCAACAACAUUUUUCGCAUAUUCCACAGAAGGCGGUAUCCGGGUUUGUUGGAGUAACCGAAUUAUAUGUUUCGUUGACGUCAAACGUUUUCUUUAUAUUUUGGCUUUCAUUGAAGCCCAAAUAUUCUCUAUUCGAGUGGUGAAUGUGAUGACCUAUCUGAAGUAGUAUCUAACGCAAUGGAAACAACAUAUGGUUAUCUCCUAUGUUUCGUAUCAUUGCCUUAUUGCAGCAUCUAAUCAUGGUUCAUUAUAUUUCAGCUGAUUUCAGUAAACCCUUUCAUACAAUUUUACCAUUUUAACGUCCUUCAGGGUUUCUAUAAAGCACCUCAAAACCGCAAAUCCAUGAGCAGAGAAGCAUCUUAAACAUACACCUUUUGGGGCUGUUUAACACUACUUCGAAUAAAUGUUUUGUCCUUUUUUAGACAAACACGUUUCAAGACGUUUAACGAUAUACUAAUCACGGUUUGUGUUUACCUGCGCCUAAUAACUAGUUAUGCCAAGUUUUGGUCAGUUUUGUCAAUUCGGCCUUAAGAUAAAUAUCUGGUAGCGCUCAAGGUAGUUAACGUAUAACUUAACCGAUACUUGGUUUGCAGGGCUGGCGAUAAAACUCCCUAUGAACUAUAUUCAACACUCAGUGAUUCCGAAUUGCAAAACGUUAAAAAAAGAUGGCUUCAAUUCAAAAGCAAUUCGUAGCGACCGUUUCUAAGCUCACUUUUGGUGCCUAAAAUCACAUUUCAGUUUAGUUUAAAGGUCAUGAACGAAUUUUCUUGAAAGGAACACAUAAAUCACACUUUAGCGGUUACGUCUUGUUGCAAACAUUCACACAUUCAUACAAGCUAUUGUUUUACUCAAAAACAUAUAUAGAUGCUAAUACGAAAAUUAUCAGACAAUUAUUUUUUAACCACACAACAACAAUAUAAGCAACACCAAUUGUAGUAGACAUAUUUGCAUAGCAUUAAACUUGCCGUAAAUUCUAUUAGAGCCAUUUUAAUUUGGUUUUACAAACAACUUUAUUGAAAUAUUUCAAAAAACUCAAGAGCAACCUGCGAUAACUGAACCUUUAAGAAAACGUGUACGAAGACGAAUUGUCGAAACGCGAAUUAUCAUCGACGAUUUUGUAUAUGUAUAUGUACGUACGAAAACAAAAUAUAUGUAUAUAGCAAUUACAAGCAUGUACAUACAUACAUAUGUAUUAAGGUACAGUAAGUGUGUUUAUACCGGAAUUAUAUUGAAAAUCUUACAAAUAGGAAGGGAAUAGCUGAAGUAAAAUAAAUAUUUUCCCACUAGUGCAAUAAGAACAAUUCUCCAAUGGUAUUUAUUAGACUUACAAACAUACAUAGAUACAUUAAAAAUAAGCAGCUAAGUGAGUGUUUUUUGAUAACCGUACCAAUAAUUACAAAGAUACCAUUACCAUAGUUAUAUAGUACAUACCAUACACACACGUAUACCCAUAACAACCCAAGAAAUGUAAAAUUGGUGGCAUAGACAUUUUAUAUAAUGAAUUUAUAUUUUAUUUACGUGCCUACAUACCUACAGAUUAACUAAAAUCCAUACAUCAAUUCACGAAACAUUUGUAGCAAACUGAAAAACAGGAAACCACCAAUCGAAAUUAAGAUAAUGAAAACUCAAACACUUUGCGGUAGUGCAAUUUAUGAAAUACACAAAAAAAUAACUACAAAACUACCUACAAAUAUUGCGAGUAAUAAAUUUCAUAAUUAGCGCACUGGCAUCAAGUAAACUGUGAAGAACUGUCCAAAGGAAGUAAAAAGUUUAAAGGCACUUUAUAUAAAAAGAACAAAUUGUAUCUGGAUAUGUAGAGACGAGAAUAGACAAUGAAUUACGUGUAUAAAAAGUAGUAUAUAUACAUACUUAAGUACUUGAAAAUGUAUCAAAACGAAGAGAACUCAAAUCAAAAUGGCAAAUACAACAACUGUAAUGGAAUAAUACAAAGGCAAAUGUUGCUUAAAGCAACAACAAUAAGGGUAAUCAAAUCAGUGUGAAGUAAUUUAUAACUACGUACGUAAUUGGGAGGAAAGGAUAGUAAAUAUUGGGCCAUAGACAUACAAAUAUACUACAGACAUACCAAACAUUCAUAAAAUGAGAAAAUCUAUAUGUAAUUUCAUAAUCAUUUGUGUUAAGCAAAUAGCUUCCGGAUUUGAAUAACUUAAGGAAAUCGUUUUUGUGGUCCCCAACUUUUUUAAAGAAAAAACACAAAAUCUUCAGCUUUAAUGGAGAAUGUUUAUUAUCAUUCGAAAGAAUAUUCUUUGACAUUUAUUUCUUAAAAAUUAUCUGUUUCAAAUGUUGGCCGCGGCUAUGUCUCAGGUGAUCCAUCCGUUGAGUCCAAUUUUCGAUGACUCGUUCGAGCAUUUCGACUGGUAACUGGUAAAUGACAAGCGUGGCGUUUUGCUUUAAUGUCGAAAUCAAAGCGAGAUUGUCUGCAUAGACUGUACACUCUACAUAUUCCCACAGGAACAAGUCUAACGGUGUGAUAUCACACGAUCUUAAUAGCCAAUCGACUGGGCCAAAACCUGCUGUUAUCUGCUCACCGAAAUGUUCUCUCAAUAAAUACAUUGAUAUGGGAAGUGGCGCUGUCUUGUUGAAGCCAAAUGUCACCGAGAUCACGAGCUUCAGUUUCAGGUACCAAAUAGUCGGUUGUCAUGGCACGAUAAUGGUCGCCAUUGACGGUCACAUGGCUUCAUUUUUGAAGAAAUAUGGAUCGAUGAUUCUAACGGCUUACAAAUCACACCAAACCUUUAUUAUUUGAAAUGGCAGCUCUUGAACCUCUUCAGGUUGUCGUCCCAAAUGCGGGAAUUUGCCUUGUUUACAUACCCAUUGAGCCAGAAAUGGGCCUCAUCGCUGAACAAAAUUUGGUUCGAAAACGAAUCUUCUUGGAACUUUUCAAGAGCCCAUAGAGAGAAGCAAAGUCGCUUGGUAAGGACGGCUUCAGUUCUUGCAUAAUAUGCAUGCCUUCAAUUUAAGAUCUCGACGUAAAAUGCGCCACGUCGUUCCAUACGUCAGUCCGAGUUGCUGCGAACGGCGCCUAAACGAGUCUCCACUCUCAGCUACGGCUGCUAUAUUUCCUUCACUGCGUGCUGGACUUGGUCUAUUCGGUCGAAUAUUAUCUAAUAACGAAUGCUGGGUUUCAAGAUGGGUGAUUUUGUUGCGUGUUCCUAAUAAAAUCUUAAAACAGUAAGCGAAAAUUGUUUAUGACGUCAUUAGAAUAACCUUAAGUUUUUUUCGAAUAUUCCAAUAUGUUUUUUUUGCUAUAAUUAUAUACUUUUUUGCUCUCUGUAUAUGGUAUAUGUAGUACACAUCGAACUGACUGAAAUAUUUGUUUAUUGUUAAGAGGAAAAUAGUUCAGCACUUAAUUUUAACGCUUUCAUACAGUUCAGGUAAAUACUAGUUCUGUAUAAACAAAAGUUCUGAAAGCAAGAUAAUGCAAGAUUUUCAGUUUUUGCGCUAAAGUUAAGCAAAGUGUAUGCGGCAUACACGCAACUGAAAGGAAAAUUUGUUUAUUAACAUUACCAAUUGUUUAUUCGCACAGCAAGUCCAACAUUGUUCUUCCUCUAAAUAAAUAAAGAUUCUUCAAAGCGCUCUACAUUAUGUUACUUUGGCAGUCGAGUGGCUCCAACAGAUAUGAAUACAAUCAUAUGCAUAAAUACAUAUACAAUACGUGUCGGUGUAUGUAUGCAUUUGACUAUUGAUAGACGUGUGCAAAAACAUUAUCGGCUCGGUGGGGCUUACUAGUAUGAAAGAAAAUUAAGGUAAAUCAUGUGAAAACUCAUUCCAACAUAUACACAUACAAACAUACAAUUUUUGUUUAAGAAAAAAUUCAUGUUUAAUUUGGAUUACUUGAAUAAAUUUUGCACGCGCUUCAGAAAUUAAGAAACACACAUAUGAAUGUGUUAACACAUACAUAAACACAUUCAUACAUAAGUCGUUACAUAUACAAAUAUUCGUACAGAAUAUAUAGUACGAUAGCUAUACUUAUGUAUUGAAAAUUAACGCACUUUGCACUUUCCCAUCCCGGAGUUACGUCCAUAGUUUUAAGUAAAGCAAUAAACGAUCGCAAGCGAUAUUUUAAUAUUUUUCCAUUGAUGAAUUUUGCAUUGUAAUUUCGUUUGCGCUUCAUGCGUUUUUAACGAAAAAAUAAUAAUAGAAAUUAAUUGAGGCGUGAGUGUUUUAAAUUAUAGGCUAUAAAUAAAAAAGUGUGUUAAAAGAAAAUUGUGAGAUUGAUUGGCAUAGAUCACAGCUUCCCUGCAUUAUUGUACACAUACAUACAUACAUCUUCUGUUAUUUAUGUAAUUUUCUACUGCAUGGCCGUACUUUGCUUAUUGCUUUUGCAGAAAUUUCAAAAAAAAAAUAAAAUCUUUGCAGCAUGAUCUUUCAUAGACUGCGUCCGAUUUGUGCGAUAUUUUUUAAUUUUUAAUCUUUUAUUUAUUUCCUUUCUUUUAAUGCUUCGAAAUUUCGACUAUUUGGUUUAUAGCUCAGCUACGUUAUCCAGCAUCUCUUUUGCGACCACAACUCCACGUCGUUUUUGCAAAAUAUUCAGGUAUUUACACCCAAAACGUAUUGAGGCGAUCCAUAAGAGAUGUUGAGAUCCACUGCUAUCUUUCUUAUGUCAACAAUGUUUCUUUCAAGCAAUGUUUUCUUUAUUUUUGGAAGUUAUUUUCAUUAACAGCGCUGAAUGGACGCCUCACAUGAGACAAGUUUUCGGACCGACUGAUUUCAAGAACUUCAUUGAAUGCUUUGGGCCACAUAACUACUUGAGUUUGUUAUAAAAUAUGGGUCCUUCACGUAGAAAUUUCAUUUUUAGUGCUUUUGAAACACUAUUAUUUAUUGUCUAAAACAUUUUUUGAGUCUACUAUAUAUAUUCUUCAUUUUUAAUCAUAGUUUUGCCAUCUUUCUGGCAAGAGAUUGACUCCACGCUCAUACAAUUUUUGAUCUUUGCAGUCCAAAAACUAGUCCAAGUGAUUUUUGGCGUACUGAUUUGAGGUGACGAUUCUCCUAUCUAAAAACGGUUGCGGAGAUCGAAACAAUUAAUAGUCUAAAGGUGCAAAGUCUGGAAAUAUGGUGGAUACGGACGCCCAUUUAACUCAAGCUGUAAAAAUUUUGGGCGAGUUAUGAAAUUUGUUGAGAUCUCGCAUUUUUCUCGUCGGACACUACAUUUUUCUAUAUGUCUAUACUCCUUUUCUGUUUGAGUGCAUCACGUCCAGCUGAUCACAACAGACUUUAGAGAGAUUUAUCGUGAUAUUGUCGGGGAAAAGCUCUAAAUAAAUAAUUGGUUUUGUAAGAACAUGAGGAACCCAUAUGUCAGGCUUGGAAACUAAUCCUAGACCUUUCAUGUUCUUGUGAACAGUCGCGUUGGACAAAUUUAUCUUUCUGUAAUCAUUCGAGUUGUUAUUCGCUCAUCAUCAUUGCAUCGAUCAACGAUUUUGUUUAAUUCCCAUCGGCUUGAAGAUGUCCCUUCCAGGAUGUGGUGCAUCCUCAAAAUCGAAAUUUCCAGAAUUAAAUUUUGCAAACCAAUUUCGGUAUUGGCUUUCAGUAAACUCAUCUUCUCCGUACAUAUUACAAAUUUUUGUAAUGUAAAAAAAAAACAUUUACAAUCAAGCAUUAAUAUAUCAGCUCUUUAAGAACAUAACGGUUAAGUUUGAAGUUGUCUGGGAAAAAAUUCCAUAAUAUCAGCUGUUUUCAUUAAACGAAUCUACUUAGUGAAUAACCCAAUAGACUCCUCGAAGAGUUUUCGCAACAUUUUCAACGAUUCCAUAGCCGUGAUUCUAUAGGAAGCAGAAACUGUUAUCGAUUCACUGUGGUCCAUUUAUGCGUAGGUUGCCUUUGCACGCGUAAUGUUUUGCUGCAAGGCCUGAAUCGAAGCGGGAUUGUCCGCUUAGACUUAAGGCUUUACACAGGAAAAAGUCUAACGGUUUGAUAUCAUAUGAUCUUGGUGGCCAAUUCACCGUGUCCAAACGUUAAAUUGUCUGCUCACUGAAGUGUUCUCUUAAUAAGUCUCACCGGCAUCAUUUUUGAAGGAAUAUGGACCGAUGUCUCCACCGGGCCACAAACCAAAACCAAACCAUUAUUUUUUCUGGAUGAAAUGGCCGCUCUUGAAUCUCUUCAGGUUGCACUUCCUCCUAAAUGAGGCAAUUUUGCUUGUUUACAUACCAAUUGAGCUAGAAAUGGACCUCAUCGCUGAACUAAAUGUGGCUCGAAAACGUCGAGCGAAGCGAUGUCGCUUGGAAAGGUCGUGCGGCUUCAUUUCUUGCACAAGCUUUAUUUUUGUACAAUUUAAGAUUUCGACAUGAAAUGAGCCAUGUCGUUCUACAAGUAUGGACUAACAACAUCAUUAUUGGUAAAUCAGCCGUAUAAGAUGAGACAUGCAAAGAUUAUAAUGACUAAUCAGUCGUAACAAUUGUCAGUGAAUCUCUUAAAACUCCACAGAGUGUUCUAAUAUGUUUGCAUUUAUCAUUUAUAUACUCCAAGUAGUCGAAGAAACUCUGCAGAAUACGUUAAAUUUUUCAAUUUCUUUUUAUUUCUUUUCAUUAACAUUGUUUUUUGUUUUUUACUGAAGAAGCACGAAACAGUAUAUUGGCCUGCAUAUACAUUUCGUACACAAUAAUAAUCAACUAAAUAAAUAUGUAUAUUGUAUGUAUAUUGUAUGUAUGUAUUAUAUACAUACAUACGAAAGUAUAUACAUUAAGCAGAUGCCUAAAAAUCUUAAAAAAAUGGACAAAAAUCGAGGUAUUGCUGUGCAUGUUAAAAACGAAAUGGCAAGCAAAUGCAAAACUUUGAAAAACAGAAAUCACGCCAAAAUGGCAUAAAAAUACAUACAUACACGUUUGUAUCUAUAUAACUUCACGAAUUCGAUUAUAUAUUUACAACUGUUGCUGAUAAAUAUCACAGCUACUAAUUUCUAUUAUUGAACACACAACUCUUGCAACAAUGAAGCUGGACCAAGCAAGCUUCGCGUACGUUGCAGACACGAGUGUUUUUGUUUUUCAAAUUUUCUUUAAAAUUUUUGUGAGCAACAGCUUACUUAGCAUUGUAGAUAUACCAUACUAAUGUAAGCGAGUAAUAAUAACCACUAAGUACCGAUAAUUUCACAACUUAAACCGUACCUUUGUUAAAAACAAUAUUAAACUCUACUAAAGUAUUGUAAUUGUUUACGGCAGAUAAAUAAUCUAAUUUACAACAAAUUAUACGUAACACUUAUUAGAGCAAAUUACUGUAUUACUAAUUAUUACUAAUUUAUUGAUAGGAAAACGAAAAAAAUAUAAAAAUAAAAAAUCAACUUCUAGUGAGUAAGUGUGUUAUUUGUAGAGAAUCGAGUCGUUUUGUGAAAAUGUGUGUGUAAUGUGUGCGCUCGUAUGUACAGUUAAAAUAUAAAAAGCUAUAAAUGUAGGGAGCAUAUUUUUAAAAUUAGCAUAUACUAAAUAUAAACUAGCAUAGUUAAAAUGGAAAAAAUGGCGACCAAAUCAACAAACUACUACACACACGCUCUUAUUCGUCUUACGAGAUUAGCAUAUUCCAAUAAAAAAGUGUUUUAAUAGGGUUUUUCGCAUAAGAAAGACACAGUUAUACUCGUAAGUGCAUACGUGGUUAGAUUUAUAUUAAAUUUACGAGCAUGAAUUUGUAGAGAAUUUACUAAAACCAAAACACUUACACAAAACAAUGUACAAUAAUUUGUAAAGAUGAUAAAGAACAAAAACAAAAACAAAAAAGAACAAAAAAUUAAAUUAAAUUAAAGGAAAAAAUCGUUUUUGAAUGUUAUUGAAUAUAAAGAAAUUUUAUUUAUACACUUAAGUAAAUAAAAUUUAAAUAUACUUUAUAAACUUUAAAGUACACAUAAAUAGCGGUUAAUACAACAAACAAGUAAACUCAAGACAAGGAAAAAUUCAACUCGAAAACGUGAAGAAAAAAACUUAAAAUUAUACGGUAAUUAUUGUAGCGUGAAAUAUGAUCAAAUCUUAGCAACGUAAUAAGUAAAUUACUAUAAUAAUGGCAAAACUACUUGUGAGCGUUGUUGCGUCGACAGGCUGAAGAGCGAACUUAAUUGCAAAUCGUAGUAAUAUUGGAUUUUAAUGAAAUUUGAAAAACAAAAAAAAAAUAAAAAAGAAAACAAAGACAAAA